AGUAUUAAGAGCUACGAAUCCUAUUCGCUGGAUCUGAAAAAAACAAAAAAAAACAGAUCAUCAUCAUGCCCGCCUUAUCUCACUCGAAAGCACUCUCAUCUCUACCGUCCGUUUCCCGAUCUCUCCCUCUCAUCCAACGACUCAGGAAGAUCCAUGGACUCUCAUCUUCCUUCCCGGAAUCCUCCCCCACCCCAGCUCCGUCGAAUCGCGCCAUCCAUGGCGGCUCUCUCGCUAAAUGGAUCUCCGGGAUAGCAGCUGGCUCCGGCUUAGGGUUUCUGUACUGGUCCUCCGAUUCUGACUCAACUUCUGGUCUGUUCGGUGGAUUUAAUUUAAUGUCAUUAGCUGAUUCUUCAUCGGCCUCUGUUUCUGACGGCGAUCUGAAACCGAGAUCGAGAUCGAGAUCGUUCAUCCCGAAAUUGGCAUUGCCUGGUUACAGCUCUCGCUUCAUCUUCGGAGAUGCGUAUAGAAGGAAGAUCUUCUUCAAUUACGAGAAGCGUUUGAGAUUACAGAGUCCUCCUGAAAAGGUUUUCGAGUACUUCGCAUCUGUUCGUACAUCAAAAGGAGAAUUGCUGAUGAAACCUGCGGAUUUGAUGAGAGCGAUUGUGCCUGUGUUUCCUCCAUCAGAAUCUCAUCUCGUGAGAGAAGGAUAUUUGACUGGGGAGAGGAAUCCCGGUGAGCUUAGAUGCUCUCCGUCCGAGUUCUUCAUGCUCUUUGACGUCGACAACGAUGGUCUCAUCUCCUUCAAAGAGUAUAUCUUCUUUGUGACAUUACUCAGCAUCCCUGAAUCAAGCUUCGCCGUGGCCUUCAAAAUGUUUGAUACCGACAACAACGGUGAGAUUGACAAGGAAGAGUUUAAGACAGUGAUGAGUCUGAUGAGAUCUCAGCAUAGACAAGGCAUUGGCCACAGAGAUGGCCUUCGAGCAGGGUUAAAUAUGUCUGGCUCUGUCGAGGAUGGUGGCUUGGUUGAAUACUUCUUUGGGAAAGAUGGCAGUGACAAACUUAAACACGAUAAAUUCACUCAGUUUUUGAAAGAUCUAACUGAAGAAAUGCUGAGGCUGGAGUUUGCACAUUAUGACUAUAAACGAAGAGGAACUAUAUCAGCCAAAGAUUUUGCAUUGUCUAUGGUGGCUGCGGCUGAUGCAAGCCAUUUGGGCAAGCUGCUUGAUCGAGUGGAGGAUUUGAGCAAACACGCGCAUCUCCAGGACGUCCGUAUCUCGUUAAAAGAAUUCAAACAGUUUGCUGAGCUACGCAGUAAACUUGGGCCGUUUUCUCUAGCGCUUUUCGCUUAUGGCAAAGCCAAUGGUUUACUUACAAUGAAAGAUUUCAAAAGAGCCGCCUCACAGGUAUGUGGAGUAUCAUUGUCAGACAAUGUGAUAGAGAUUGCGUUUCAUGUGUUUGAUUCGAAUAGAGAUGGGAAUUUGAGUGUGGAAGAGUUUCUGCGGGUUCUACAUAGAAGAGAGAAGGAUAUUUCACAGCCAAUUGCCAAGGGACUGUGCCAGUAUUUCUCAGAUGGAUGGAACGGUUCUAAGAAGUGUUCCUCUCCGUAAACAAAGCAAAGACGUUUCUCUUUGGGGCUCACCGAUGAAACUCGAAGACUCUUGUUUUUGUGCGUCUCUUGGGUUCAUACGAGUGAGCCCAGAGAUUUGAUUACUCCACGUUGUUGCAUUGUGUAAGAAAGAUGUCUGAAUAAAUCUUUGUACAGUUGUUGGACCUAUGAACUUUCCUUUUAAAUUGUAAUCCGAGCCUAAUUAGUUAUAUAUUCA